GACAAAGCCCUUGUUGAACUAGUUCCUUGGACUUUUGUGGUUCUACCUAAGAGCGGGAUGGCAGCAGUAAGCAGGACUCUGGGUUUGUUGCGUCAGGAUGCAAUGAACAGGUUACUACCCAUUGCUUGCCAUCUGCAUACAUCCCUCAGCCAGCAUAACUCCAACAGGACAUCCAUCGCCCGCAUUCAGAGGCAGACGUACGGCAGGUCCUACCCAGUGCUCUUGGUCAAGCCUGAUGGAUCUACUAUUCACAUCCGCUAUAAGGAGCCAAGGCGGAUACUUACAAUGCCUGUAGACAUUAACACUCUUUCCGAGGCCGAAAGAAGAGCGAGGUUACGGAAACGCGAUCCCAGAAGGCUUAAGAGCAAACAGGAGAAAGUGUUGGAUGAUGAUUUUAAUUUGGACGAUUACAGAAAAUUUUGGAAGAAGAAAUGAAUUUGUUCUGAGGAUCUGUGGAAGUGUAAAGGGAAGAUUUGGCAACCUGGGCCUGCAGAGAAGGAGACUAACUUACUGUUAUAAGGAGAAAGUUGUAGCUGAGUAAAGAUUCUUUCUUUCUCUUC